CGGUGGUGCGCGAAAAAUUUCAAAACACCAAAAACGAACUUAGAACAUUGCCGUUAGCAACGGAAAAAACAUCAUUCAAAUAAAGUGUCGAUUUACGAGUACAUGAUUUGACAAAAAACAACAACAGCAGCAAAUGCAGUGCACUUGUGUUGUAAACGACGAGAAGUGAAUGUAAACAAGCGAGAAAAAAAGGAAACGAGACAACAAAGAUUGCGCCAAUUUCGUAACGGUAAAGUGAUAAACAGAUGCACCUUCACUUGCCGCGCCAUUGUUGUCGGUGCCUUACAUCUAAGUGUGCAAUAAACAGUGCACACACACACAUAUAUACUGUUGAUAGAAGCUGCAACACCAUCGAUUGGCUUUGCGGCAGCAGCUGCCUCCUGAUUGGUGACCCUUUAAUGAAGUAGAGUUCGGCAACCCAAACACCCACAACUACAAUUCGCUUUGUUCGCCCACCUGCACACACACAUACCAAUGCACGGCGGCGCCGGCAAUCAAAGUACCAUGAAAAUGUUCGAUUUCCUUGCCAUCCUCAUAUAUCUUCAAUUGUCUGCGAAUUUGUUGCCACAUUCAAACGCGCAACCCCAGCAGAGUUCAACGGUUUUUACAGAGUUUUCUGCAGAUUACAAAAAUCAGCACAACAACGAUGAGGUAAAAUACGCGUAUCACUACUACAUCGAUCAUCCGGAAUCCAUGGUGCAUUUGUACCAUCGUGAAGAGCGCAAUGGUGCGAGUGUCACUGGCGAGUAUGGUUUGCUGGAGCCCAACGGCAAUGUGCGUAGUGUCUACUAUAUGGUGGACGCGAAUGGCGGCUUUCGUGCCACUGUGCGCACGCGUACGGCAGCAAGCAGCACACGUCAACUGAUUCGAUUAGAGCAAAAACAACCUAAGGAACCAAUACAACAUGCCCAACCAGUGGCUUUUAUCAAUUGAGGGGAGUAUGUGGUAAUGCAAUAUGCAAUAGACAUGAGAGGAGCGUAUAUGUACUAAAACUCCAAAAAAUUAAUAUUUUUAUA